AUCGCCGUCUCUCUCGUCGGGGAAACAUUUGAUGGCCGGGAUACUGUCGCGAGCCCUAAUUCGAACCUCCCAAGCCCUGUUCCGAGAUCCUUGCUCCUCCCCCCACCACCUCUUCCUCUCCUGCUCCCGGUCGCACGCCCUCUCUUUCCUCCCCCGCCUUCUCAGCUUCCGCGGCCGUUCCGACCGACCGGCCAAGGCGGAGAUCGUCGAGAUCGACCUCGGCACGGAGGUCGAGGUAGCCGAGGUCGACGUCGUCCGCCAUCUCGACGACGCGAUCCACGCGAUUCUGGUUCGCAAAUCCGCCCCCGACUGGCUCCCUUUCAUCCCGGGGUCCUCCUACUGGGUCCCGCCCCGCCGGCGGGCUCUUGGCCUCCUGGAGCUGGUCGCUAAGUUCACGAAUCCGCUGACGGAGGAGGAGACCAUGUCCUUCACCACCAUCCGCGGGUGGCCCUCGUCAUCAUACUUCGUGGAAGAUAAAUUGGCUUCAGGCAAGCAUCCAGUGAAGAAGAGUCGCAAAAAGACACCAACACAAUCUGAUGACGAGGAAUGAUCUGCAGCCAACAAAGAAAAGGGGGGGUAGAUUGGACAUAUUUCACAAAGUACUAUUAAUCCGUCUGCAUCAAUAGUGUUCCUGAAAACUCAGCUGUUUGUCAUAUUGGUGGUUCUACAUCACUUUAGGGAGUAAUAGUAUAGCCAACAAGAUCGCGCGGUACCGGUGGAAAUUUUCAUAGUUCAUAAGAUUUCUACUUCUUUGGUGAGAUAAUUUAUGUUGUUCAUAUCUCAACAUUGCUAAUGUGCAGGCCUGGAUGGAUGCAUCUAAAUGAUGACUUUCUUGUGCCCUGUAAAGGAAGGGAUGUAAACAGACAAAUGGAGUUGAUAGUUUAAACAGACUGCCAAACUUCUAUACAAGCUUGAAUUUUCUUCAA